GGUAGGGGUGGCUGCAGCUGCUGCCUCCACCUCCCCAGCCAGGUGCUGAAGAGGAUCCUCGGAGCAGCUCUGGCCCCAGGCGCUGGAUGACUGGCACGAGGAGCGCGUCCCGCACCUGAGAAAAAGAUCCCUGUAAACUCUUCCUGCCUGGGCAUCUGUCUUCUUCCCCGUGACUUACCCAGAAAGAAAUCGAAAUUGAGGGACGAUAACUGUUGCUGUAUGAGACUUGGGCUGGAGUGCCCAUGUGGUGUGGAGUCUGUGUGAUUCAUGACUGAGGAAAUCCGGCCUCCACCCUCUCUCUCCUUGGCACUUUCCACACAUGAGGGGAAGAAGAGCUUCUGUCUAGAAGACACGUGCCCAGAGUCAGACGCCCCUUGCCCACCAUGAAGGGAACCUGUGUUAUAGCAUGGCUGUUUUCAAGCCUGGGGCUAUGGAGACUCGCCCGCCCAGAGGCCCAGGGCGAGACUCAGUGCCAGAGAGCCGAGCACCCGGUCAUCUCCUAUAAAGAAAUUGGCCCCUGGUUACGGGAGUUCAGAGCGAAGAAUGCUGUGGAUUUCUCGCAGUUAACAUUUGACCCAGGACAGAAAGAACUUGUUGUAGGAGCAAGAAACUACCUCUUCAGGUUACAGCUUGAGGAUCUGUCUCUUAUCCAGGCUGUGGAAUGGGAGUGUGAUGAAGCUACCAAGAAGGCCUGUUACAGCAAAGGCAAGUCCGAGGAGGAAUGUCAGAACUACAUCCGGGUGCUUCUGGUGGGUGGUGACCGGUUAUUCACCUGUGGGACCAAUGCAUUCACACCUGUCUGCACCAACCGCUCGUUGAGCAACCUGACUGAGAUCCACGAUCAGAUCAGUGGCAUGGCCCGCUGUCCCUACAGUCCCCAGCACAAUUCCACAGCACUCCUCACAGCUGGCGGGGAGCUCUAUGCUGCGACAGCCAUGGAUUUUCCAGGACGUGAUCCUGCUAUUUACCGAAGCCUGGGCAUUUUACCACCUCUCCGCACGGCGCAGUACAACUCCAAAUGGCUCAAUGAACCAAACUUUGUGUCAUCUUAUGACAUUGGAAAUUUUACCUACUUCUUUUUCCGAGAAAAUGCCGUAGAGCAUGACUGUGGGAAAACAGUGUUCUCCAGAGCUGCCCGGGUCUGCAAGAACGAUAUUGGAGGGCGCUUCCUGCUGGAGGAUACCUGGACCACCUUCAUGAAGGCUCGCCUCAACUGCUCCCGUCCUGGGGAAGUCCCCUUUUACUACAACGAAUUGCAGAGCACUUUCUUCCUGCCUGAGCUGGAUUUGAUCUACGGCAUCUUUACCACCAAUGUGAACAGCAUUGCGGCCUCAGCUGUGUGUGUCUUCAACCUGAGUGCCAUUGCACAGACCUUCGCCGGGCCCUUCAAGUACCAGGAGAACUCGCGCUCCGCCUGGCUACCGUAUCCCAACCCAAACCCCAACUUCCAGUGUGGCACCGUGGACCAGGGCCUGUACGUGAACCUGACCGAGAGAAACCUGCAGGAUGCUCAGAAGUUCAUUCUGAUGCAUGAGGUGGUGCAGCCAGUGACCACCAUGCCAUCCUUCAUGGAGGACAACAGACGCUUUUCCCACGUGGCUGUCGACGUGGUGCAGGGCAGAGACGCACUCGUCCACAUCAUCUAUUUGGCCACAGAUUAUGGAACCAUUAAGAAAGUGCGGGCACCGGUGAAUCAGACCUCAAGGAGCUGUUUGCUGGAAGAGAUUGAGCUCUUCCCUGAGAGGCGGAGGGAAUCCAUCAGGAGCCUGCAGAUCCUGCACAGCCAGAGCGUCCUGUUCGUGGGCCUGCGGGAGCAUGUGGUCAAGAUCCCCCUGAAGAGGUGCCAGUUCUAUCGUACACGCAGCACCUGCAUUGGGGCCCAGGACCCUUACUGUGGCUGGGACGUGGUGAUGAAGAAGUGCACGAGCCUGGAGCAGAGCCUGAGCAUGACACAGUGGGAACAGAGCAUCUCUGCAUGUCCGACCAGGAAUCUCACUGUGGAUGGAGCCUUUGGCAUGUGGUCUCCGUGGACACCCUGCACGCACACAGACGGCAGCGCCGUGGGAUCCUGCCUGUGUCGGACCCGCUCCUGCGACAGCCCGGCCCCACAGUGUGGGGGCUGGCAGUGUGAGGGCCCCAGCAUGGAGAUCGCCAACUGUUCCAGGAAUGGAGGCUGGACUCCUUGGACCUCGUGGUCUCCCUGCAGCACUACCUGUGGGAUCGGCUUCCAGGUGCGGCAGCGCUCCUGCAGCAACCCCACUCCCAGGCACGGGGGCCGGGUGUGCGUGGGACAGAACCGCGAGGAAAGGAAGAUCCAUCCUGCAUUAUACUGCAAUGAACAUUUGCUGUGUCCCCCACACAUGUUCUGGACAGGCUGGGGUCCUUGGGAACGGUGCACAGCCCAGUGCGGGGGUGGCAUUCAAGCUCGUCGCAGGACCUGUGAGAAUGGGCCUGACUGUGCAGGCUGCAACGUGGAGUACCAGCCUUGCAACACCAGCCCGUGUCCUGAGCUGAAGAAGACCACGCCCUGGACUCCCUGGACGCCCGUCAACAUCUCUGACAAUGGCGGCCACUAUGAGCAGCGGUUCAGAUACACGUGCAAAGCCCGCCUGCCCGAUCCGAAUUUGCUGGAAGUGGGAAGACAGAGAAUAGAAAUGAGGUACUGUUCUAGUGACGGCACCAGUGGCUGCUCCACAGAUGGGCUGUCUGGGGAUUUCCUGCGUGCUGGGAGAUACUCUGCCCACACGGUCAAUGGGGCUUGGUCAGCCUGGACAUCGUGGUCACAGUGCAGCCGUGACUGCAGCAGGGGCAUUCGGAACCGGAAGCGUGUGUGCAACAACCCAGAACCCAAGUAUGGGGGGAUGCCUUGCCUCGGCCCAUCCCUGGAAUACCAAGAAUGCAACAUCUUGCCCUGCCCAGUGGAUGGCGUGUGGUCUUGCUGGUCCCCCUGGACAAAAUGCUCAGCAACAUGCGGCGGUGGGCACUAUAUGAGGACCCGCUCAUGCUCCAAUCCAGCCCCGGCCUACGGAGGGGACAUCUGCCUGGGGCUGCACACGGAAGAAGCGCUCUGCAACACGCAGCCCUGCCCAGAGAGCUGGUCGGAGUGGUCGGACUGGUCUGAGUGCGAAGCCUCCGGCGUCCAAGUCCGCUCCCGCCAGUGCAUCCCCCUCUUCCCCGUGGGCAGCCAGUGCUCCGGGAACACCACAGAGAGCCGGCCAUGUGUGUUCGACUCUAACUUCAUCCCAGAAGUAUCUGUGGCAAGAUCCAGUAGCGUAGAAGAGAAAAGGUGUGGAGAAUUCAACAUGUUCCACAUGAUUGCCGUGGGGCUGAGUAGCUCCAUCCUCGGCUGCCUCCUCACCCUGCUCGUCUACACCUACUGCCAGCGGUACCAGCAGCAAUCCCACGAUGCAACUGUCAUCCACCCUGUAUCGCCUGCCCCUCUCAACACCAGCAUAACCAACCACAUCAACAAACUGGACAAGUACGACUCGGUGGAGGCCAUCAAGGCAUUUAACAAAAACAACUUGAUCCUAGAGGAAAGAAACAAAUACUUCAACCCACAUCUCACUGGGAAGACCUACUCCAACGCCUACUUUACAGAUCUCAAUAAUUAUGAUGAUUAUUAAUAGCGCUUAAUGUUUUUGGCUUCUUGUAAAUCCCCAGUUCUCAAGGCCUGUGCCCCAUGACCUCCCCUGUUUCUGAGGCUUCAGAGUUGAAGUUUGGAUACAUUUCAAGCCGCCAGAGUGUCCCAUUGCUGCCAAAAAUACACGUCUUUAAAAGCAACAAAAAUCGAAAUAUGGCAUCCUGAAAAUCUUGACCAUUGUUGAAUGAGCCAGGGCGUGAAGUUUUUAAUUGUGUUCAGCCCGUUUCUCUGGGAAGUCCAUUGGUUUGUUUUUUGAGCUUUAUUUUAUAAAUGUGCCACCCCCAUGGGAAGGAGUCUUUAGAAAUGUGAAUGUCUUCUUUCUUUGGAGCUUAAAUCUUCAUGAUGUUUUAUUUCAAGAAAAUAGGCACUGUCUCUGAGACACCUGCUCCCUCCGCAAGAAGUGCUUAGGUCCGUAAUAUUUCAUAAAAUGAAGAAAAAGAAUGUAGCCAAACAAUUAUUCACCACCGAUUGCACAUCUUCCAAAUCUGGAUAAAGCUAUUAGAUUCUCAAAACCAACUUGUGUGUUUUCAUCUUGCCCAGGGAAGCCCAGGAAUUCCACCUGGCCCACACCUGCAGAGGUUACAGUAGACUGUGAGGUACCCCACCUCAUUCCUGUUGCAGUUUCUGUGCCUCUGCUGGUAGAGGGAGUAGAGCAGAGGUGCAGGCACAAUGAAGCAUGGGCAUAUUCUGCAGGCUGCUGCAAAACUCGCCUUAUUCAGACUUUUGGAUUUCAUGGCAUUUCUGGGAGCUCCUUGCCAUUCGGUUGGCCUGGAAGCCCACUUGUCUGGUCCAUAGUGACGUCCUGAAGAGCCAGUCUGUAAAAUAACCAACCACUUCCUUAGCAUUUGGAUAGACUCCACACCUCCUCUCUCCCUGAAAAAAAAAAAAAAAACUUGUGCAUUUAUAAUGUCAAUUAGCGAAAGUAUUGAAAGUACUAAAUUAUAACUAAAAGCAACUUUUUUAUGUUAUAGAAAAUAUUGAAAGAACUGAUAUUAAUGAUAACGUUUUAUUUUUCAUCUCCCUGAUAUAACCAAUGUGUGGCAAACAACCCCUAUCAAGAGCAUUAAUCCCAUGUAAAGCUGGCUUUCUGGAGUCCACCGGGUCCAUGUGAAGUGCUACCCCCGGUUUCUGCUGUUAAUUCCUGCCUGCAGGCCAGGGGAGAAGGAUAUGCUCAGCUCUGGUGCCUUUUCUUUUAUUUCAGUGCUGCCUUCCCACCCACCCAGUCCAUCCACCCUCGCUUCUUCCUGCAUGGAGGCAACAGCAUUUCAAGAUGCAUCUUGGGAAGUCAGGAUAGCUGGAAGUAGGGGUUUUUGUGAACCCAGUGGUCUCAUCACUGAUCUUAGAUAAGCAUUUAAAAGUGUGAUAACACCAUUCACAGAGGCCCCCAGAAAAAAAUGUAUACACGUUGCUCGCAAACAAUUGAUAUGUAACAUAUGGCAAUUAAUUGAAUAAUUAUUGAAAAUAAGAACACAGUUGAAAAUGUUCACCUGAUGCCUCUGAGCAUGUGAGAAAGUGCUGGGUAGGCAUGGAAACAUGCUCUCACUGAUAAAUGAACCUUCAGAUCUGUGAAAAAAAAAUAUAGUAAGGGUAUUGAGGAACAUAGAAUUUUAUUAGCAUAUGUGCUUUUACCCUUACCCUUGUUUCCAAUUUAAAGAAACAAUUUCAGAAAGUGUUAGAAGAAUUCUAUGUUUAAUAAUGAAUAGUGUUGGGUUCCGAAUAUUCUCAUAUACCCAAAUUUACAGAAAUGACACAGUAUUAAAAUGGCAGGUGGGCUCUGUAAGUUCUUCUGGACUGCAAAUGAAUGACAUUCAGGGUCUUUCCAAUGGGGACUUCCUGCUGCCUCUCACGCAUUCCUUAUAUGUAAGAGUAUUCUGUCCAUGUGCACAUGCUCAAAGUCCAUACUCAGCAGGGGAAAUUUAGCCAGAUGGUUCCCUCAUUGUUCCUAGGUUGGAUUUUCAUCGGAUAUUUCAACUCAUCUCAUCACUUUCUUAUAGGAAAAAAACAUUUUAACUUUGCAGCACAUAGCACAUUUUAGUUAUUUCUUAAUCUUCUCUAUUAUUUUUUUAAGCUUAAAGAGACUUCUUUCCCCUGGGAAUGAGGAUUCUAAUAUUUCAGGAAUGUUUCACUGGAAUUGAUGGGAAAUGGCUUCUAAAUGGCAUCUAAGCUGGUCUUUAAUGAGUCUUUUGCAAUGACUUGGGAAAACACCUUCCCUCACCCCAGACUCUUUGUGUUCUUAAGGAUCUAAACCUUUGAAAUUAGCACUGCAAAAGAAUCCCAUUUUGUUUCCCACUAUUCAAAGGAAAAUUGUUUCACUCUCUUCCUUUCUCUCUCUUUUUUGAUAGAAUGGCAAGUGCUUAGAUAAUUUCAGGUAUACUCUUAGUAUUUUUACCCGCUGUGGAAUUAGUUUUGUUUGUCCAUCACGGUGUCACUACCAUUCACAUGUUCUGUCUCCAUACUCCAUCCUGCUGGGUGAACCCUCACACUCUGGGCCUUCACAGUGCCAUCUCUCACCUCUCAGCACCUCCUUCUUAAAGCAGCUCUUCCUUAGGCCUGGGCUGUUUGGGAGUCCUGCUGACAUUUUGUGGUUCACAUUUUAAAUUCCUCAAUGACCUUUUUCAUUCUCUCUUUAUCUUUGUUUUCGUUCUUCAUUCCCUCCUUUGGUUCUUCCUUCCUACCUUCCUGCCUUCUUUUCUUCUUUCCUUUCUUAUUUAAUUCUUCCUUUCUUCCUUUUUCUUUUUUUGGUACAAGUGGAACAAAAAGCGACAAAUAGUUUUAAGCUACAUUUGUCUGAACCUGAUGUAAAAUGACAUUAAUCACUAUUUAAAUCUCAAGUUAUUUCUGAAUACACUUGAAGAUUGGCUGAUUUUCAUGAGGAAGCUGGCUUUAGUCUUGUGUUUAAAUUCUUUGAAAGUGAUCCCCAGGACUAUUCAGGGUGCUUUCUUGAGGCUAGACUCUCAUCACCAUCUAGUAGUGAUUUUACAGUACAAUGACAUUUUACAGGAAGGAGAAGGACAGAAUUCCUGCCCGCCACACAGCAUGUGGCCUUCCCCAUAGCUCCAGGGUCAUGUGGCCUUGGUGAAACUGGGGUUUUGUCAUCUCUGAAUGAUGUGGACUCAGUGAAUUCAAAGGAACUCCAGGGGCGCUGGGUCAGGCUCCACCGCAGAGAAGAGCUGCAGUCUCCAGGCUCAUGCCGUUCCCUCCAGAACUCCUCAUUCGACUCUGAGCAUAUUUCAUUUCUGUGCUGCUUCCAUUUGUAACUUACAUGAGGCAUCUCAACUUCUUCGUGUUUGUAGGGAUGUUCUCCUAAGCCUGUUCAAGUAGAUUCUCACUAGAAUUAGCAUUCAUAUUGGAGAAAAAAAAAAGAACUUUUAAUAAAUGUGUGUGGGGCCGAGGUUCUAAAGGAAUUGAAAGGAGAUUAUAAACAGUGAAUGGAUGUGAGGCCAUCCCUGCCAGGGAGAAACCUUUGUCCAUAGGGGGACUUUGUUCAGGUUCUUGUGGUCUGGGAUGAACCAGGGGUCUGGCACCACUGGCUCGCAGGUGAUGCCAAAGAGCAAAAAGCAAAUGGAGGAAACAGUCAGAUAAGUAGGUGACGUGAAGGGCAGGACCUGGUCACCCCAGUGAGUGCUAUGGACAGGUCCUGGAAAUGGUGAGGCCCACUUCACAGGUCCAUGGGUCUGACCCUUGGAUUCUGCCUCGAUCAACUGCCUGGAGUGCAAGAGUUUUAGCCAAGAGUGUCCUUACUUCCCUAUUUAUCUGCAGAAGGAUGGAAGUUGUGGAAGUCAAAGCUUAUUUUACUGAAUGUUCACACUGCAGUCUCUGGUGGAAUUAGUGCAUCGUGCUGUCAAAGUCACAGACAGAGGCUAGGAGCAGUGGCUCAUGCCUACAAUCCCAGUACUUUGGGAGGCCAAAAUGGGCAGAUCGCCUGAGUUCAGGAAUUUGAGACCAGCCUAGGCAACAUGGCAAAACCCCAUCUCUACAAAAUAUACAAAAUUUAGCCAGCCACGGUGGUGCAUGCCUGUGGUCCCAGUUUCUUGGGAGGCUAAGGUGGGAGGAUCACUUGAGCCCUGGAGGUUGAGGCUGCAGUGAGCUGAGAUCACACCACAGCACUCCAGCCUGUGUGACAGAAAGAGACCUUGUAUCCAAAAAAAAAAAAAAAAAAAGAACAAAGUCCCAGCAGGGAGUCUCCAAAUGGCCUUCUAAUGGGAUACAUGAGUAUAUAGUUGAAUAUCAAAGGAAUUUUACCUUAAACAUCUAUCAAGUCUAUACUCAGCUAAUCAUUUUGUCUAAACACAGCCUUGUUAGCAUUUUGAAUUUGUAAAGAAACAAAUGAAUAUUUAUUUCUUUACAAUGUUCCUUGGCUUUUGGAAUAAAUCAUAAAUAUUUCCCCAAUGCCAUCAGGGUCAGGAUACUUCUUCAUCAACUUUGUCCCUGGGCCAACAGCUUUCUUUAGGUUCCGGGUGUCCUUUACACUUCAACGGGGUUUUCUUGUGUGUGGCACUGGCAGUAACUCCAUUGACCUCAGCAUUUCAAUCUCAAGAGAUGGCCCUGGGACACAGAACCAGAGGCAACAGGUACCAAUAGUUGGUACAAUAAACUGCAUCACCAUUUGCCACGUGACAGUGCUGUGCCUAAGUCCCACAGCUCUAGUAGUCAAUUUCUAUGAAGGCAUUAUAACCUUAACACACAUGUGAAGCCUUCACCACUCACAGUACAAACUGGAGUUUACAGAUGGUGUCGGCCAUCCCUAGUGCGUUCGUUCAUCCUGACUUUCAUCGCCUCCUGGUGCACUCAGGGAAGCAUGUUGCCAAUAUCGGAUUAUCUGUGGUUAUCUACAAUUACCUAUGCUUAUCUUAUCAGACACUAGACACUAUUUGAGCACGUUACUUCUUUGGGCAGUGGGUGAAAUCGGAGAACAUAGAGAAAUCUUCACUUUGACCUUGGAAAUGCACAAAAGGAAUGCCAUGCCCAGUGUAAGAUAAAAUAUUUGGAGAUAAGGGAUCAUUGUGAAGUUUAUUUCUGCUGUUAUCCCCUAUUGAGAUCAUUAAUUAUGACCGAUUUAAAGAUUUUUAUUUUAACUCUGCAAAUACUGAGCCAAGGCAAUCAAGUUAUCUAUCUGCUUUGGUAACCUGAAAAAGCAGAGGAAAAUAUGUUGCUUUAAUCCUUGAUGCUUUUCUCUUUUGGCAAUAGAAAAGGUACCUUUCCAUUGGUGUGUUGAACUUUUGGUGAUGAUUUAUAAAACAACUCUUUCAUACCCCUUUCCUAUGGACUUAUAUUAAAGAUGCAUCGUAUACAUUGUUUUAGCAGAUAGACCAGAGAUACAUUCAGUGGUCAUCUGUUGCAUUAUCAGAAAUUUGGUAGAUGUUACAGAAGCAUGAGAGAGAGAAACCGCUCCUCUUUUGAGAAUAAAGUUCACAUUGCAAGUGAUAUAGGGCAUUAUCAAAAGCAAAUUUAGAGCCUGGCACGAAAUGUACACUUCCUAGUGAAAGCUGUCUCAGAACAGUCUUUUUGAUGGAUCAUAUUAGAUCCUAUCUUCCAUAGAAAGGCAAUCAAGCUUAUUACCCCACAAUCAGAGUCAGUAUCAAUUCUUGCUCAAGCAAAUAUGUUUUACUGUGUUGGAACAAUGGCAGUAACUGGUUAAAUCAGAAAACGUAUCCCACCCUAUUGUUUCCUUGUGUGCUCUAAAAUCUGGGUCCAGUAGUUCAAAUGUGAUCCUGUUCUUUCUCAGCUUUUUGGAAAUUGAAUGCCAAAUGGUCCAAAUGUUAGAUGAAUAGCAGUAAUAAAAUGAUUCAAAUGUUAGAUAAAUACAAGCUUGGAGCAAAAUCUGGACUCUGAAAAAUCAGAACUAUUUUAUCAUGUUGCUAAAAUGAGAGCAUCAUUUUCUGCCCUCUCUGUAAGUGUGGAUAGUUUAAUUUCCUAGAAAAAGUUGCUAGUGCCUUGUUUAACAUGAUCAUUUAUCAUUUCAUGUGGAUAUUAUUGGUUUCAAUUAGAAGCAGAAGAUUGAUUGGAUUUACUUUAAAGAAAAUUAUUCUCCUAUGCCUCUUUGAACUCAGGAAUAGAAAAUGAUCAAGAAGCACAUCAUCUUCAGAUGUGAUUUUUGCCCUCACUGGGGAUGUAGAACCAGCGUAGGUACAAUGCAUGCUCAGAAGAGAGGGAACCUCAGCAUCAGCCUUCUAGAAACUAGCAUCACUUUAAUUUUUACGUCUUCCAAAAAAAAAUCAUAGUGUUUGUUCUGUAAUAAGAAUGCCAACAUGAUGCCUAUUGAAGUUAGAGGUUUUUGUUUCUGUUUUCUUCAGGAUAAUCCAUAGAUAUAGGAAAAUCAGACAGACUGGUGACAGCUGGUGUAGGUACAGUGGGUGUGGAGCGACAACAACCUACGACAUUGCCUGAUUAUGUUUAAGUUCAUAUCAAAACUGCCUCACAAGUCCACAGAAGUUGUCACUCUUAAUUUGGGUUAAGAAAAGGAAUAGUGUUAUCUCUGCUGAAGUUGAUUGUUUAUCCCUUUUACUAUGACUGUUGGCCAAAAGCAAAUUGAACUUCUGCACUUCGAAACAAAGCACAGUAUAAACCUUUAACUCAAGCACCGAGAUUCACCACUGAGAUUCUACAUCAUCUACAAGAAAAUGCACAAACUUGGUCCAAUGUUGGAUUCUUCAAAAGUGCACAGCAAAAGUUUUCUGUUAUGCCGCUUGAUGUGACUUUUAAAGAUGUUGUCCAGUGUUAAAUGCCUCAUUCUGUGUUAAUCUGGUGUUGGCUGUUUUGUGACACAAAAUAAACUUAUUUGAGAUUGUUUCCUUGUGUGUGUGUGAACCUUCUCCAAAGCCAGUUUCAGCCCUUGGUAAGCUUGCAGACAGUUACUGAUCUUAAAUUUAAUUUUAAAAGACAAUAUAUCUUAAUUAUAAUUUAGCUUUUUAAAACAAUGAGAUAGCUUUACGUUUCCCCUUUGUUUGAAUGACAGAAUGGAUCUUGGGUUUCUCUGCUAGAAAGCUUAUGGAUUGCUGGGUACUUCCUGAGGGGACCAUGGGCACACCACACUUCGUUUCAAUCCUUUUUCCUUAAAACCUUCUUGUUCAUGUGCACAAUAGAAAUUUCUAAUGGUCAUGACUUUUAUCUUUCCUGUCCAUCAGCUCACUGGUUUUAAACGCUUCCUAAGAGCUGUCUAGGUCCAUAUCUCAGACUGCUGCUUAAUGACACCUGACAGAUACAUUGUUUUCUGAAAUCAACUGAAGACACGAAUUGUGGCAACUGGAAGCUCAUUAUCUGUUGCAUUGGAUCACUGUGGACGUUGGAGUAGGGGUGCUCAGAGGUCACCUAACCAAUCAGUGGAAAUCAACUCACACCUGCUUCAAGCCUCAGCUUUGGGAAAACAAAACAUGUUUAAAAGAAAAACAAUAGUUAUUACAGAAGUGAAUAUGUUUUGCUUUCUUUCUGCCCUUGGUGCAUUGCCAGUUUCUGUAUCUCAAGCCUAUUCGUCUUUAUAAAAAGCACUUUGAAGAUCUGUCCUCAGUACUGCCGAGUGGGCACUCACCCUUUCCUAGCAAUCCCCUUCUUACCAUCUCUAGCUGCCAUUUGUGGGGGAAUAAAACAAGGGAAUCCUGAUUAUGUACGGUAUAAAUUGUAUUAUAUUUUUUGUACCUGUGUUUUAUGUAAAUAGUUUCUCUCAUUCAAUUGUAUGUGAGCAUUGAAAUAAAUACUACCAUUUAGAGACAA